GGUCGUUUCUUUUUGUGGGAGUCACAGAAUAUAUGGAUAUUGGACCAUGCACGACAGCCAACUUGAACGACAACUUGUUCAACGGAUUGAAAUCAUUCUAAAAGUUUAAUCUUUUUACCUGCCUGCAUCUCAACAUGGCUAGUCUGUCCCCCGCCUCCUCCCCGCCCGGUGAUGACGCGGUUUGUCAGACAUAGCGCGUCUUACCUGGAUUUCCUGCCGUCCAAAGUGCUGACAGCUCGGCGUACCUUGCCCGCUGAGAGAGCAAAUGGCUUUACGGUCCUCGGUCCGGGACAGAUUUUUUUCAAAAAAGGACCAACAAGCCGAAGAGUACACAUUGAACAAAUCAGUUUAGGUUGUCGAUCUUGUCACGCAAUCACACCAUAGCCAGUUGUCACUGUGAAAAUGCCGCCCGCUGCUUUACGGCGUUUGAGUGUGACACUUGACGGUGAUGUGAGAGGCGCACCUGGAGGACUCUGCUGUACCGUUCACAGACAGCUUUAGACGGCCGAGCUAGCCAGCUACUCUUUCCCCUUCCCUGGUGUUAGCUUUGAGUGACUUGUGAAUGCGUGUGCAAUUUGGACAUAGACUCCGGACAUUCUGAACGUCAAGCCAGAUUUUGAAUUGUUCAGUCCAACUUCGGAUGUUUUGGAUUUGGUUCUCUAUCUUUUGAACUUAGGGAUAACUUUGCAAGACAAACGUCAGUAAGGUUCGUCAACACUAACAUCCGGGUCGACAAUGUUUAAGUUUGACAACAGACGACCAUUCAGCGACAUCCUGCCGUCGUUCAACCACUUUGGCGCCCCCAACGGCCACUCCGUGACGUCGCCGGUUACGGGGUCAGCUGACCUCUUAAACAUGGACGCCGCAAGCCUCCAACAACAACAACAACAGACGCAGCAGCAGAUUGCACACACCGGACACACGUCAUCACCGCAGAGCAUGCUGGUCCAGACUGACUCCAAUGGUUACGGGAUAGCCACCACACCACAUCGCGUGCUCGAGAAGGACACCGUACCAACUUCCGGUCUGCUUGACCCCGGGUCAGAUCGCCAGCAGCCGAGAAUGACGGAGCUGUGUACUGUAGGCGCCUCAUCAGCAGGAACGAGAGCGAUCGCUGAUAUCGUCAUGGAUGAGGUCGAGGUCAAAGGUCGCAAAAUAGGAAGGAGCGAAGUAAAUGGUGAGACCAAUGUUGAAAACGGAAACACCAGCGCCGCUGAGGAGAAUUCCUCUGAGAACGAAGCGAGCAAGAAGCGAAGACAACGCCGUCAGAGGACGCAUUUCACCAGCCAGCAACUCCAAGAGCUGGAGGGUAACUUUGCCCGUAAUCGCUACCCAGACAUGUCAACUCGGGAAGAAAUCGCUGCUUGGACAAACUUGACAGAGUCUCGCGUACGGGUCUGGUUCAAGAACCGACGAGCCAAGUGGAGGAAGAGGGAACGCAAUCAGCUAAACGAACUCAAGAAUGGGUUUGGUUCCCAGUUCAACGGCUUGAUGCAACCGUUCGAUGACGGGCUCUACUCCGGGUACUCCUACAACAACUGGGCCGCGAAAUCCGCCAACUCCCUGAGUUCUAAAGGUUUUCCAUGGACAUUGAACACAGUGAAUCCGCUUUCCGGAGUCUCCAACCAACCCAUGUGUUUCAACCCACAGACGACCAUGAGUUCUAGUUUCCCAACGACACCGGUGAAUGGUGGGCUGAGCCAUCAGAACCUGAACAAUUCACCCGGGGCUGCGGCGUGCCCGUACGCAUCAGUACCGGCCUCUCCGUACGUCUACCGGGAGCCUUGCUCGAGUAGUAUUGCCUCCCUUCGCCUUAAAGCCAAGCAACAUUCCGGAAUGGGAAGCUUCAGUUAUCCAGUCAGACAAAGUCCAACAUUAUCAGCAUGUCAAUACGCAGGACUAAACGGACCAGCAUAAACAUUAUCCUCACUUGUACAAAAUACACCUUUAAAACAAACAAACAUUAUAUUGGUUUUGAUGUAAACAUAAAAUAUUGUUAGUUCCUAGAUAACACGUAGACCUUUCAGUUUAAAAACAACCUCGACCCCACUACAAAAGAGAGAUGUGAUUUAAGACAUUGAAAUAGUCUACAAACAAGCUUAGGGGAAUUUGCCACUUGCCCCUGGCUAAACGUUUUACAGUUACACACGUUUGAAUGUUUUUUAAAUGGUAUUUAUUUAUUGCAAGGAAAGUGUAGAGUGAAAACAGCAGGUCUGUGCCCUGUAGUGUCGGCCAUUUUGUUUUGCCCAGACGGUCAAAUUUAGAAAGACAAAUGAAAGAAGAAUGGUUAGAUGGUUUAAGAAGGCAGAAGUUGGUACCUCCCAACAAGUGUGUAUUGCAAUUUUACUUGGAAGGUCAAAGUUGAAUCUGAGUUGACAGAUGGCCUUUGUACAACAAUAUUUUUCUCAUUUUAGUAGUCAGUUUAAUAACAAUCGUGAAUGCAGUAUUUGGCUGACAAUGUGACAGACAGCCAUUUUGGACUUCUCCCCGUUUUUAAUCGAAGCUCCUCAUGGAAUGGUCUGGUACCUAAAUGUCAUAAACGCUAGUUUUGCACUGCCGCUUAUAGGCAGUCAACCUCAGUCGCUGUGUGUGGAUUUCGGGGUCGUUGGUGCGACAAGUAAACCCAAUUCAUGCCACUUUUCUUUUGAUCUAUUGAAAAACAAUGUCUACUGUUCUUACAUGAGAAUUGGGAGGGAAAAAGAGUCAAUGGGUAUUGUAUUCUCUGUUGGGAAAUUAUGAUGUUAUUUUUGCCGUUUUGGUGAACAAGUUUUGAGUUUAUCCGAGCACUUAUUGAGCUACUCAAAGUCUGAUACAUUUUUGUAGAUGUUCACUUAUUUAUCCAUGUCAUAUACUAUCAAACGAGUACAAAACCAUUACAAAAAACUACAAUGAGAAUAAAACAAUAAUUACUUUGGCGACCGUUCGAUCUUGGCGAUAGUAGAAUCGCCGACUUUUUUCCUUAAGGGUUGUUUAUUCCCCCAGUUUGGUGAACUAAAUUGCAAGAAUUAUAUUGUAUGAUGUUGUAAACAAAAACUGGAAUCAUAUUUAAUUGUCUGUUUAAUAGUUCUUACCAACAGCUGUAUGGGAACUGCUUCUAAAAAUUUCCAAAAAACAUUAUCUGAAGUGGAAAUAAAAACUCAUCCCGCGUGGUCCUUUGGAGGGUUUUUAACAAUGUGUUCGUGGUCACGUGAUGGCCUUACUUGGCGCCUUCUAAUUGGCUGAUCAGCAGCCCGGUUGUUUGACGGCUGAUGAUUGGCUGAGAGGUUGCGAGGUGGCAUUCACUGAAACCUAACACAUUUCUUAACGGCCCCCCCCCCCCUCCUUCCUCACUCCAUCCAGCACCCACCAGCCCUUAAACCACCUUAUUACACCUACCAUCAUCCCGAACUGACUUGUCGUACACAUUUUGUAAUUAUCGGCUUUCGCCCUGAGCCGUUUUGUAAAUUACUUGUUGGUGAAAAAAUUAAUUGAUCCUCAAUCGCCUGGAAUGAUUGUGUAAUUAAAGGACCUUACAGAGAAAAUGGCGGGAAAAAGAGGCGCGAAAAAACGUUGACAGACGGCAUGCAUGGUAAUUUGUUUCCUUGAAGAGAUUAAGAAUGACGUCAUUUUAUGACAGUUCAAGAUUCAAACGUGUGCUAUAGUUUUUUUAUUAGACACAUAAAUCAUGAAAUGCAUGGUGGUUGAAUGACCAAAUCUCCUUUAUUUUUGUCCAGUUGCUGUGUGUGCACUCGCAUCAAUUGUCUAUGUUCAGCUUUAAUAAAUUAUUGUAUGUUCGAUUGUUAGUAAUUGUUUUGUUUUUGUUCAUGUUGUUUAGUUAUUGUAGGUUCUCACGGUCAAUUUCAGUAAAAAUUAAAUAAGUUGACCAGCCUCUUGUUUAUGACAUUUACAACAAUGAAUGAGCCUUGCGGCCUUACUCUUUUGACUGUGAAUGCUGAUUGAAUGAAGCAUUCAUUUUCAAAUAAAAUUAAAAUGAGCCGGGUGUUAAAUUUCAUGAUUGUUUUUAAUUGGCCGUGAGAGUCUAAACUAAUAUUAUUUGGUUUGUUUUGCACAAGUACUACGCACUCAUGGUUAUAUCUUAGUAUGUUUUAUUUGUUUUGUAUUUUAUUUUAUUUUAUUUCAAUUGUUUUCAGUUUCUUUCACCUCCCACCUCCCCACAACAAUUAUGCUCAAACAUUAAUACACAUGAUUCAUUUGUUUACAAAUUGUUUCUUUUGGUUAUAUUUUCGGACUUACCUUUAAGGGAAGUGACAAUUGCACCUCUUAUGACUGAACUUUAGAUUUUUGAAACAAUUUUAACACUUACAAUUCAUUUACUGCAAUCGGAUUUGCAUUUUAAAAAUAUUCCUUUGUUUUGUAAAGACUUUCAUUCGGUCAACAUAAAAACAUAAUCUGAAUGGUUUGAGUUCAGGAAAUUAAUAUUGAAACAAUCUUGUCUAGGAGAAAAAUUAAAUAUUGGAUUUGUGAGGUUUUUAUUCCUAUUUCUUUCUUUAAACAAGUAAAG